UAAAUUGGUCUUUUUCAGUUAAACCAGAAACCACAGCAACAAAGGAGGCAAAGUUUAUGCUUAUGCCCAAUAAAGAGAGCAUAAAGAGAGAAAGAGAGAGAAAAGGUCAUGCAUUUUUUCUGAUAUAACAGGAACAUGAACCCUCUUCUUGUUUCAAACCUACCCCAUUUCGUUUCAGUUCUCGUUUCUUAUUAAUGUAGCCCAUCAAAUACGUGAAGGAGAAGGGAACGUUUUGGGUGUCAAAAGCUUUUAAAUUUCUGGUAGUGGUUAAACAUGGCUGUUCAGGCACAGUUUUAUUCAGAGAAUAUCGGUUUGCCUAUGUGUGGCUUACAGGAUCCUGCUUUUGGAGUUGUUGAUGAUCUUCGUUUUAGCUUUCAAUAUCCCCAACAAGCCACCACUCACUUUCAUCUUCCUCAAAGCACUCAAAAGUUGGCGCUUGAUUACAACGAAGGGGUUUCGUUUUCAUCAUCUUCCACUUGCAAUAGCUUUCAUCCCAUGGCGUUUUUACAAUCUUUGGAUGCUCAGUUUGAGUUGCACCGCCAUGAGAUAAACUGCAUUCUUCAAUUACAGAAUGAAAGGUUGAGAAUAGCAUUGCAAGAGCAAAGGAAGCAAGAGCUCGCAGUUCUAUUGAGUAAUGUAGAAUCCAAAACGUUGAGUUUAUUAAGGCAGAAAGAAGAAGACUUGGCACGAGCAUCAAUGAGGACAUUGGAGCUCCAAGAAUGCUUGAAAAAAGCAGAGAUAGAAAGGGAAACGUGGCAAAGACUAGCAAAAUCCAACGAAGCCAUGGUCAUAGAUCUAAACAACACGCUUGAGCAAGUCAAAGAGAGAGUGGUCUUAGCCAGCAAUACAGCCGAAGAUACAGCGUCGUUUUGUGGUUCAAGUGAGAGAGAUCAUGAUGCUGAUGAUGAAAGUAACAUUGCACGAGAAAAGGUGGUGGUGAAAAGAAGUAGUAGCAAAAAAAACAACAUGACUUGUAAAAGCUGCUUCUCUCGGCGCUCUUGUGUUCUCUUUUUACCUUGCAGACACCUCUGUUCGUGCAAUUACUGUGAAGCUUUUCUUGGUUCUUGUCCCGUAUGCAAUGCUGUAAAGGAACAUAGCAUGGAGGUAUUCUUGAUCUAACAAGAAAAAGCACCAAACAAUGAAAGAAAAAAGAAAAAAAAAAAGCAAA